UUCGCCAACCCAGCAACCAAAAUUCGACUGCGCGUCAUCGCUGUUCCGGCUGAACUCCGGCAGACGGCGCACCGACCAAUCCCGAGCUACGAGCGUUCCAGGUCACCACCACCCACCCUCGAUAGCAUCCACCUCCGCCGUCGCCGCAACCAAACCCCCCAUCCCACCGCAUCGCAUCACGCCGUGGCCCAUCGCGACACAUCUUCACCAUGGUCAACUCAUUCGUCAGCGCCGUCGCCCUGGCUGCUCUUCCCUCUGCGCUCGCUUUCAGCAACGCCUCGCCCUACUUCUUCUUCUCCACUGCCGAAGUUCUCAUUCCAGGCGCCGAGACCGAAGUGGCCACGGCCCUCGAUGCCACCGACCGAUUAAUAGAAUCCCUCAAAAGCUGCCCUACCAAGUCCUACAUUGUUGUCGAGCAACAUGGCGUGUCGGCCGCCGACUACAUCGAUGAACAUGCCGCACCUCGCCUAAGAUCCUACGUCGCGAACCCCGGAGGAAACGACAAUAAGAUCAGGAGCACCAUGAUUAUUCCGGAGGUCAUCUCAAGCGCUUCGAGGUUCUCCAAGAUGGCCACCCCGGCACAACAGAUUGCCGACUACAUCAGGCAAAACUGUGGCGCCGUUGAUGUUGAGGAUACAACGACAUCCGUUUCCAAAGAUGCGAAGAAGAUCACCACAUUCGCCGUCGACGCCCCGCGGACGGAGCAGGAUCUCGGCAAAACUGACGCAAGAAUCGAGGAUCUUAUCGUCGAGCUUUCUGGUUCCGAAGACUACGAUUUCACCGUCAUCUACACUACCACACCCAGAGAAGAGCCUAUAACUCAUGAAGGUUCGGGCAAGAAGGCCACCUACGAGAUGGAGAGUCCCUUCGAUGAUGCAGUGCAGAUGGAGCUGAAGCGCGAUCUUUCCUCCCACAGACGCGCCUCGUCCUCCAAGGAGGGUGCGUUGUUCGAACGAUACCAAUACUUCACUCCUGGCAUUUUCAUGGCAUUCAUCGCCAUCAUCCCCAUGUUCAGCAUCAUCAUCGUCGGACUUCGUGCUUUGACCAGCUUGGAAGUAUCUUAUUUCGCAUUCAGCAAAGAGAUGGGCCCAGCAGCCAGCCGCAAGUAA